GGACGGAUCUAGCGACCAGUGGCAAGGCGCCGGCCGUACUUCCCGUCGGGGAGAGAGUGUAAUAUGGCGAAGACCUACGAUUACCUGUUCAAGCUGCUGCUGAUCGGGGACUCGGGGGUGGGGAAGACCUGUGUCCUGUUCCGCUUCUCCGAGGACGCCUUCAACUCCACGUUCAUCUCCACCAUAGGAAUUGACUUUAAAAUUAGGACCAUAGAGCUCGAUGGCAAGAGGAUUAAACUGCAGAUAUGGGACACGGCUGGCCAGGAGCGGUUUCGGACGAUCACGACAGCCUACUACAGGGGCGCCAUGGGUAUCAUGCUGGUCUAUGACAUCACCAACGAGAAGUCCUUCGACAACAUUCGGAACUGGAUUCGGAACAUUGAGGAGCAUGCCUCUGCAGAUGUGGAGAAGAUGAUACUGGGGAACAAGUGUGACGUCAAUGACAAGAGACAGGUGUCCAAGGAGCGGGGAGAAAAGCUGGCCCUUGACUACGGGAUCAAGUUCAUGGAAACCAGUGCAAAGGCCAACAUCAACGUGGAGAACGCAUUCUUCACCCUCGCCAGAGAUAUCAAAGCAAAAAUGGACAAGAAAUUGGAAGGCAACAGCCCCCAGGGGAGCAGCCAGGGAGUCAAGAUCACAGCCGAGCAGCAGAAGAAGAGCAGCUUCUUCCGGUGUGUUCUUCUGUGAACACCCCGCCUUACUGAGCCUUCUCAGCCCCACUGACUGUGCCUGCCCCGGGCGAGCCUCCACCACCCCACCGUUGGGCCACGGCUACCCGAACACAAUUAAGAAAUUGAUUAUUUUAGUAACUGUCUGAUCCUUUCACCUUCAGAGAUGGAACAAGUUAGAAUUUUGCUACUUUUCCUGUGUCAUCCUCCAGUCGGGCCCAUCCAUCCCUGUCACAUCACCAAAAGGUGGAGAGAGGUGGAGUGGGGAUGCCUUCUGUUCCUGUCCUACCCAACAGUCAAUGCACCAGCCAGCCUGUCCCUCCAACAUGGGAGCAAGGUCAGUGGCAGUGCCUGGCACCUUGCGAUGCCACCGAUGCCACCGUGCGCCAGUCCUGGAGGUUCCUGCCUGCCACUCCUGGUGGCCAUUCUCUCAGUUCUGGACAAGUGACGAAAACCAUGUCCCCAUCUCCUGUUUUUACUUGUCAAACCAAAGGGAAGCACAAAUUAAGGAAAAUCUGCGUAGAGGGUUUGGACAGAAGAGGACAGCUCAUGUGGCCACAACCAGGCAGAGUCUACAGUCCAGCACCGACGGGACACUGUGGCCCAAGGAAUGGCCACCACUCACCCCAUCAUCUGGUCACCCACCUCAGUGGCACUGAAGCAGCCUCCGCUCUCCUCACCCUUCCCCCGGCUGCACAUCGAUUGGAUGCUUUCUUUUUCUAGCUGAGAUUACUUUUUAUUUUUCCAGAUUCCUAAUGCCAUGAAGUGAUUCCGUCUUUGAUUUUCCAGCAGCAGACCCAAGCGAUGGGGUACAGAUGUGACUGCCUGUUCCUGCUGCACAGGGCCCAAGGCUGUUCCCACUUGUGGGCUCCUGGCCCCUGAGGCUGAGACAGGCAUUCUGUGGCGACAGGCUGCCCCGAAGUCCGGUGGUUGUUGCUCUUGUGUUUUGAGAACUCUGCCCUCUCAGGGAGGCUGCAGUUGGGACCAGAUACCUGGGAGCCCCUCCUUUUUACUUUAACCCUCCCCCCAAGCCACUGUCAGUCCAUUGACAUGGGGUUUCUCCCCCUUUUUUUGAAAUUAAAACCAACAUACCAGCAAUAGUCAGCCCUUCCUCGGAGUCUCUAAUGUGCCCUGUUCCCACUGACCAGUGCACUUAAGGAAAACAGAUUAAAACACAUUUUAAAGGGAA